UGGUGAGGUUUGAGUAUCUACAAUGGCUUCUCUACUGGAGCAGUCUGCUUCUUGCCGCCACAGUCGCGGCCGCCGGCCUCCCCUCCUCCCGCAUCAGCGGGGGCGAGAACGCUGACAUCGAGGACUACCCCUUCGUUCUUCAGCUCGACUUUCUCUCCACAUCUGGCAACAGCUGGUCGCAGUACGGCGGUGGUGUCCUGAUCAACAACUUCUACGCUAUCACCUCGGCGCACAAGUUCUUUGAAUCCUCCUUCGCUGGCGUGGAGACCGCUCGCGUCCGUGCCGGGUCCAGCCAACGCAACUCUGCCGGAGUUAUCUACGGAGUCAAUACCAUCUCCAUCCACCCCGACUACGCUGACGACGCCGAGCGUGACGCUGACAUCGCUGUUGUCCGUCUAGCCAGAGCCGUAGACUUCACUGACAAGAUUCAAGCUGGUAUCCUGUACACCGCUAACUCUGUCAUUCCUGACAACGCUGAGGUUACAGUCGUCGGAUGGGGCAACACCGGUUCUCUCGGCGCGUCUCCUUCUCGCCAGCUUCAGGCGCUGACCCUCAACCACAUCAACCAAGAGGUUUGCGAACAGCGUUACGGAUUCGGAGUCACCGAUAACAUGAUCUGCUACGGAAUCCUUGACACUGAAGAGCGUAAGAGCCCCUGCUUUGGAGAUGCUGGUGGCCCCGUCAUCUACAAAAAUGGUGAAUAUGACGGUGUCAUCGGUCUCAUCUCUUGGGGACAGAGCUGCGCCAACUCUUAUUUCCCAAGCGUCGGUACCUUCAUCCCCGCUGUCGUCGACUGGGUGCUUGCCGAGGCUUCGUAAAGACAUAUACCUGGGUGAAGUAAGGACUUAUUUGAAUCUGUCUUUACGUUUGGUAGAUUGAAAUAAAUAAGUGCUGAAUC